AUGCAAUAAACUAUUUCCAAUAAAAUACAGGGAAGACCUUCAAGAAAGGAUUUGGGAAUCAAUAAAUAAAUUGAUAUUGUACUGAAGAGUCCAUUGCUCAAGAAUUCCAUUAGAUUGAAUCUAGAAAAUAUUCAAAGGUCGACAUCUGAAUAGUUUGUUACACCUUUGAAUAAUAAACAAUAAUAUAAAUUGACCUAAAAUCUCUCACAUUUGAGUAAGGAGGGAUUAUCCUUUGGGUUAACAGAGAGGGAAAUGAAUUUAUGCGCAAAUGAGAUGUAAAUAAUGCACUCUCAUUCUAAAAACCUAUUGGGUGCUACACUGUCAGUUCGAACAUCACAAUCAAACUAACUCUAAUCCCUUAAAUUUAUUGAGUUGAGUAAUAUCGAAUAUGACAGUCCCAAAAUAAGGAAAGAUUUUAAAUUCAAAGACAAAGAGAAUUAAACAAAUUAGGAAAUUCAGUAGAAAGUCGAAGAAAUGAAAGUUAAUUACAUUAAAUCGAGUGUUACACUCAAUCAAUAACUUAAUGAUAAUACUAGAUUAUUGUAAAAAAUUGACGAGUUGAAGAGAUUCCAAUAAAAUUUGUCUCUUAAUUAUUAAUUUAAAAAUAAAGAAUUGAGUAACAGAAGGAAUAAGAAAGUUACGAUGAAUUUGAAAAUAAAUAACAAUAAUAAAUAAUUGACAAGCCUAAAAUAAUAGAGUCUUGUUGAUUUAAUAGCCAAGCAGUAGCUCAUAAUUUAAGAUUUAGAAAGGAAACUCUAAAUUGAGAAAACUGAAAAAGAGUGCUUAAAAGUGUUCUGCUAAUCGCCUAAAUCACAAUAGCAACAAGAAUUAGAUCUAAAACAAGUGGAUAUUCAGAAAAGCAAAACUAAAUUUCAUUUUAAUACUUGA